AGGGCGCCUGAGUAUGAGCCAUCCGGACGUGUCGUCUUCGGACCUCGUCGGGUUGGCUCGGGACUCCGUGGCUUCGACGCCGUGCCAACGGCCCGUGCCCGGUGGUUGCCGGGACCAGGCCUCGUACUCGGACCCCACGCUGUUGAGGAGCAGGCGGAGGCUGCGCCAGCACCAACAGGGAGUCUCGGUGGACGAAGACACUUCGCUGGACGUCACCGCCACAGCGCCGGCAUUGUUGCAGACUGCGCAGCCGGCCCCGGCGACUCCACCGGCAUCGUUCGCCAGGGGACUUUUAGCGGCGGCCGAGGGCGGAGAGGAGGUCUUCCCUUUCAAGACCCGCAAGACGGAGUCGUCGUCUGGCGUGGUGCUGUACAAGCUGGAUGUGCAUCUUCGCUGCGGCAAGAACCUGAUCGCCAAGGACGCCUGCGGCACGAGCGACCCGUACGUGAAGUUCAAGCAGGGCGGCCGGCAGGUGUACCGCAGCCGCACGGUGUCCCGCUCGCUGGACCCGUACUGGGACGAGUGCUUCACGGUGGCCGUGCGAGACCUCUGGGACCCGCUGGUGGUGCGCGUCUUCGACUACGACUUCGGCCUCCAGGACGACUUCAUGGGCGCAGCCACCGUAGAACUGCAUACGCUAGAGAUAGACAGGCCGACUGACAUCCUGCUCAACCUAACCGAGUCCGGCAAGGCGGAAGACGCGGACGCCAAGGAUCUCGGCUACAUCGUGCUCACCGUCACGCUGCUGCCGGCAUCGGCCCGUGACGACGUCGAACAACAGGUGAGCGCAUUACGCGCGUAUACCACGUCGCGGCCACGGUCGUGUGCUGGCUGCAGGUGGUGCGCGCUUGACCGUGGCGGCAUCGAUACAUUGUUUCUGGGCGCCGGUAAUACGGCUGUGUUCUUCUUAUUGUUAUAAUUUUCUUUUUUCGAG